CAAAAGCAGGACGGACGCGUGCCUUCAACUUCAACAAAAACUAUCUGCAGGACUUUGGUCUCUAGGAAGAAUUUUGAUUCUUGCCUUACCUUCUAAACUCACAAAAGGUAAGCAACACUGUGCACUGCAAUGGAGUCCGUAUACUUGGACAUCGACAGCUCAAGCUGCGACUACUCCUUCACUCACACAGACGAUGAGGAUUCUCACAGUAGUAUCCACGCCGCCUCCCCGGCUUCCUCGUUCGGCAAGCCCGCAUCCCCAGCCAAUAGCCUCCAGGACACUGCCGCUGACCUCCAGCAGAAGAAGAAACGCAGGGGGCGGGCAAGGAACGAAGCUACUGUUCACGUGAUGAAGAAAAAUCGCCGCUUGAAGGCGAACGACCGCGAGAGAAACAGGAUGCACAAUCUUAACGAUGCUUUGGACACUCUCAGGAGCGUGCUACCUGCUUUCCAGGACGACACAACUACCAAAAUCGAGACUCUGCGUUUCGCCCAUAACUACAUUUGGGCACUCUCUGAAACCAUCCGUAUUGCAGACCAACGCCAGAAGAAAUCAAGAGACACAUCAAAAGUACUCCCGGGACUUAGCUGCAUAGCAGACGCUCCAAGCCCAGGCAGCGACGCUUGCUCUUGGGUAUCAAGCGCAUCUUCGUCAGCGUCUUCUCCGUCAUACUGCACUUCGAACCCUGGCAGCCCAGCAGCAAUGGAUGACUAUGGAUUUAUGCAGACAGAUGUCGUUUACAGCUAUCACAGCUUUGUCCCUGGCAUCUAUUAAUCAAGUAGUCAAAUAUUCUUUCGUCUGUAGCUAAAAUAUUUAGACUAAUAAGGGAAAUAUGUUUCUGUUACCCUUUUUAGCGCAGAGACUGCGUAUUCACUGUUUGCCUUAACUGCUGUUACAGUUCACAAAUGAGAAUAUUCUUAUUUUUAUACGUUUUGUAUUGUUGAAUUUGGUGUUCCCAUACACUUGCACUUUUUUCCCAGCAUAUUCCAUUCUUCCAAUCUUGAACUCAAUCCCAGAUAGAGGAAAUUAUAUUUCGAAUGCAGAAGACAGAUUUGCUUUAGCCGGCUGAGGUGAAAAGUCAAUUUUACAAUUUGUAGAGUGAUAGAGCAGAAGAACGAGCGUGAAAAUUCAGUUUCAACGCUAUGACAAUAGACUAAAAGGCUAUCAAAAGACAAGUAUUUGGCCUUAUGCAUUAUGUAUUCUGACCCCAGGAAACCGUUCUGUCCCGUGUUCAGAAAGGCCCUAUCCAUACUAGGGAAAUGUUUCUACUGUUACUUAUAUUUUUAAGUUUUUUAGGUUAUUAUUCAACCCAUUGCUUUCAUAUGAUAUUGUAUUUUUAUUGUAUAUAAAGAGAUUUAUUCUAUUAUGUAUUUACGUCAAAGUAUAAGUUUGUUGCAAACCAUUUUGUACGAAUAAAUAUUAUGUUGGGGUUUUUUUU